ACCCGAAUAUCUAUUUACAUUUGCAGACGACAAAGUUGCAGGUGCGACCGGAACAGCUGAUUUGCAAUAGACAUUAUACAUUUUUGCUCGAAUCACAGAUGCUUCCAAGUUUCACACAUUCGUUUCUUAAGCCAAAACUAAAACGCCACAAGUCAUUUUCAACUAACAGUUGUCAAGUAUUGCAUUCAGACAGGAACGAAGAAUUUAUGGAUGUAGUUGAUUAUGCAGAACAUGAAACAGCAAAUCUUCCAAAAAAGCAUAGACCGAAUGAACGUGUUCAAGUCAUACAAAUACCACCACUGGAACAAGCAAAUGAACUCACAGAAUAUCACAAUCGCUGUCAUUAUGAAGCAAAUCGAGGACACGAGAUAAUAACACAACCAAGAUCAAUGCCAAUAAUAGCUGACACAAAUGGACACUUGGUUGCAAGUACAACUUCUAGCAGCUUUUCGUUAUUCCAAAGACAUGAGGUAUCCAGGAAGCAAAGUUUUAUUGUCAAAGGAAAAGAAAUGAGAGCAUUUUUUCGCCUUUUAGAAGAUGAAGUAGUACAAGACUUUUUGGAGGCUGACAGUUGCAUUAAAAUAUCUGAUAAGUAUCUCAUAGCCAUGGUUUUUGCAUACUUCAAAAGAGCUGAUCUGAAAAUCAGAGAAUAUACAAGAACAAACUUUUUUGUAGCAUUGUAUUUAGGUAAUGACAUGGAAGAAGAUGAAGAAGAGGACAAGUAUGAGAUAUUUCCUUGGGCACUUGGUCAAAAAUGGCAGGACAAAUUUCCAAGAUUCCUCAGAAAGCGAGAUCAUCUAUGGGCAAAGAUUAACUACAUGGCACUUGUUAGUAAACGAUGCUGUGAAGAGAUUAUGGCAAUAGAUAUCAGUCAUCCAGUUUGGAAACGUAGCAGAGCUUUACAUCAUGCAGGAGCUAUCAGAAGUUACAUGAAGGAUCCUGAUGAUGAUGGCUAUCCAAGAGGUCCUCAUGCUUCCCCAAAACGUUGUGAAGAGUGUGAUCAUGACAGUCAGUAUGAUUCUGCUAGUCCUGCCAGUGCAUCAUGGUACAUUUCUUCAGGUGACAACUCGCCUGACGACAUCUUUAUUGAUCCUAGAAAAUCAAGAUUUGAUAUGAAUAGACUGAAGAAAACUUUACAAGAAGAUGAUGAUGCAUGGCCAUCUGUUGAGGAGUAAACAUAAACUUCAAGUAGUACCAUAUAAUGUGAUACUGUUUAAAUAUGGACAAUAUUGUAUACAAAUGUUCAUGUAGUGAAAAAUCUGUGAUAAUUAUGAGUUCAGUACAUUAUAUUAUGAAAAUAGACUUGCUCUUAUGCUUUAAGAGCUGAACACUGUUUAAAAGCAAAGAGACAAUUGUAUAUUUGUGUCCGUUGUAUCAGUUUUCACACUUAACUAACUAAACAAGCCAAGGCUUUGUAAAACUGCUUUCAGGCCUAUAAAAUCUAUCUUCUCUACAAGUUGAUAUUAGAAUAAAACCAUUUUUUUUUGUUUUGACCAGUGGAUUUAAAUGUUGUUGUGAAGACUGCUAUGAACUAUGAUCUUCUUUAAAAAAAACUUUAAAUGAAAUUCUAUGACAAACAUCAAUUGUUAUUAUAUCUAUCAUCCAUUAUGGUAAAAUAAGAAUCAAUGACAUACAGUUUUAUGUUAUAUAGUUCUGACACUAGAGGCUCUUGUGUAGCUUAAAGAUGAUUUUUUCUGAUCUAGUAACCAUUUAUAUAAGAGCCAAGUUUACAAAUAGUAUAUAAAUAUUGUAAAACUAUGUCUCCACAUGAAGCAAACACUAAAAACUAAGCUAAUGGACAGUGCCCUAAUCUAGAAAAAAAUAUGCUGUAAAAUGUAAUAUAUCUGGCCAAAAAUUAUGAAGUGCAAUAAAUGUAUAACUGUCUUCACAUAAAUUUAUUUUGUUUCUUAUGAAAAUUAAAUGGCAUGAAAUGAAUUCAAUAUUGAUGAAAAAAAUGCAUUUAUAGUGUGAAAAUUAAUACUUGUGUUAAACCAUUCCUUUUACUUUUUUAUUUACAUGGAUUUUUAUCAACAACAGCAAAAUUUUAACAAUUCCUGCUGUCAAUGUCUAUGUUAUAUUUUAUUUUCAAACAAAACUUUUGAAGAGCAUCAUUGUAUUUCAACAUGGUCAAGAAACAGUAAAUGAUUUAUUUAGAUUGUCUAAAUUUCAAUGACAACCUAAAACAUGUAUUUUAACAUAAAUUCAUCAAAAUGUAGAGAGAAAAAUUACCUGCUGUUACAGCUUUACAGUUUUAUUUAAGAAAUGAUGAACAAUCAUGAAAUGAAGUUGGGUAAUUAUUAGUGUUAUAUUGGUAAGGAUAGCCUCAUUUUCAGCAUGAAAAAAACUGUUGGGGAAAAAAUGGUUCUGUCAGGUCUCUAUUACCAUGAUUACUGUCUUUAAAUGUCAGUUUGCAAGCUUAUACCAAUUAUUUCAUUGUUUAUUAAACUAUGACAUAUAUUA